AAAUGUUUACUUUAACCCCUCCCCACUUUUGUGUGGAUGAAAGCUAUAUUAUUAUAUUAUUUAUUGUAUAUUAUUAUUUAAAUAAAUAUGUAUCUAUUUUACUUCUAUCUGAAUUCUAAUAUACAUUUCUGAACGGCGGUAGUGGCAGCAGAGACUGUUCUUUUAAUAACAAAACCCUCCCCUCCGGUCACCUGACCGCGCCCCCUCUGUUUGACAACAGAUGCAACUUUUCCUUGGUUUAUCCCGCGGCAGCUCGACUCGACUCGACUCCUCUUGCCAAAGUCUUAGCUUCUUCUUCGUUCUGAGGCAGAAACGUUUCCUUUUUUUUUUUACGUUUUCGUCAUAUUUUCUUUUUGCCAUAUUAUUUAUUUUGACCAUGGAGUGAAGUGUGGAGUGCAGCCAUGGCGGUGAAUUCAGUGCACUGGUUCCGCAAAUGUCUGCGGCUGCACGAUAAUCCAGCGCUACAGGAGGCCGUGAACGCAGCGCACACGCUCCGCUGUGUUUAUAUUCUGGACCCGUGGUUCGCUGGCGCCGCUAACGUGGGAAUCAAUCGUUGGAGGUUUCUCGGGGAGGCUCUGGAGGACCUGGACAACAGUCUGAAGAAGUUCAACUCCAGACUGUUUGUUAUCAGAGGACAACCCACGGAUGUUUUUCCCAGACUCUUUAAGGAGUGGAAGGUGACCAGGCUAACAUUUGAGUACGACCCAGAGCCUUAUGGGAAAGAGAGAGAUGGAGCCAUCAUCAAGAUGGCUCAGGAGUUUGGAGUGGAGACUGUUGUCAGGAACUCACACACCCUCUACAACCUGGACAGGAUCAUUGAGAUGAACAACAACAGUCCUCCUCUGACCUUCAAACGCUUCCAGACUAUCGUCAGUCGGCUGGAGUUGCCACGGCGCCCUCUGCCUGUCAUCACUCAGCAGCAGAUGGAAAAGUGUUGUACUAAGAUUUCUGAGAACCAUGAGCAGCUCUACAGUAUUCCCUCGCUGGAGGAGCUGGGGUUCAGGACAGAACGUCUACCUCCUGCUGUGUGGAGAGGAGGAGAGUCAGAAGCUCUGGACCGACUCAACAAACAUCUGGACAAGAAGGUGUGGGUAGCUAACCUAGAACACUCUCGGAUCAACACCUGUUCUCUUUACGCCAGUCCCACUGGUCUGAGUCCGUACCUGCGCUUCGGUUGUUUAUCCUGUCGGGUUCUGUACUACAACCUGAGAGAGCUGUACAUGAAGCUGCGGAAACACUCCAGUCCUCCUCCGUCUCUGUUUGGUCAGCUGUUGUGGAGGGAGUUCUUCUACACUGCUGCCACCAACAACCCCAACUUUGACCGCAUGGAGGGAAACCCCAUCUGUGUGCAGAUCCCAUGGGAUCAGAAUCCAGAGGCACUGGCCAAAUGGGCGGAGGGUCGGACCGGUUUUCCAUGGAUUGACGCCAUUAUGACCCAGUUAAGACAGGAAGGCUGGAUCCACCACCUGGCCCGACACGCUGUGGCCUGUUUCCUGACCAGAGGAGAUCUGUGGAUCAGCUGGGAGAGUGGAAUGAAGGUCUUUGAGGAGCUGCUCCUGGAUGCAGACUGGAGCGUUAAUGCUGGCAGCUGGAUGUGGUUGUCCUGCAGCGCCUUCUUCCAGCAGUUCUUCCACUGCUACUGUCCCGUGGGCUUUGGACGGAGAACCGACCCGUCAGGAGACUACAUCAGGCGUUACGUUCCCAUCUUGAAGGACUAUCCCAACCGUUACAUCUACGAGCCGUGGAACGCACCAGAGUCGGUCCAGAAGGCGGCCAACUGUGUGGUGGGCGUGGACUAUCCCAAACCUAUGAUUAACCACGCGGAGGGCAGUCGCCUCAACAUCGAGAGGAUGAAGCAGGUUUACCAGCAGCUGUCGCACUACAGAGGACUCAGUCAAUUAGCAUCGGUGCCAACGAUCCAGGAAGAGGCGGAGCCACCAAUGACAGAUGAGUCUCAGACCAGCAGUGGUCCUGAUUCUCCUCCUGCAGGUGGCGCACUCACUGAAGCGGCCGGCUGCUCUAUUCUUCCUGAUUCGUCCACACUGUGUCCAACCGUAGUCACUGCUCACCAAUCAUCGGAUUGCCCUCAGACAUCUGCUGCUGUCACCUCUACGUCUGCCUCCGUUAACGCUGAUCCUCUGAAGCCUCCCUCACCUUGUUCCUCCUCCUCCUCCCCCUGUGGCACCACAUCUCCCCCCUCCACCUCUGCUCAGACUCUGACAAAAAGAAAAGGCCCAGCUCACAAGAUACGACGCAGCAUGAGGCAGCGGGGACACCAGGGGGCAGAAGAGAGGAGGGAAGAUGAAGAGGACAAAGGAAGGGAGGAGAGGAUGGAGGACGACGAUGAUGAAAAUGAGGAGAGCAUGGAGCAGGACGCUACAGGAGAAAUGUCAGGGCAUCGUCAAUGACGUCAGGAGGAAGUUUUAGAUGAACUGUUGUCCAAACUCUGUCCUGGAGACAGACUCUGCUGGUGUCUCUGCUGAAAGCUUCAUACUUAAAUUAAAGCCAGUGAAGAUUACAGCGCCUCCACCCCUCCUGCUGAUUAGCCAGCCUCCUGAACAUUUGACCAUCCUAGAAACACUAGCCUUGGCCUUUACUCCCGUGGGGAGCAGCCACAGACUGCAUUGGGAAAAAAAUCAGUCCCAGGAAAUUAGUCUGUGUGUCUCAGGCUAAUUCUCAACAUCAGGGGGCAGCAAAAGCUCAGCGCACACCUCAAACAACCACUUUUGUAGGAAAUGAAGACUUUAAUUAAUUUAGUCAAAGAUGAGAUGAAACACUGAGAGGACCUCUAGUGCUGAACCCUGGGCUGAAAGAAAAGUGUGUGUGUAUGUGGGGGGGCAUUGACGAUGUGUGUGUGGCUGCAGGUGAAUCAGGGAAGUUUACUCUGAAGACUUUGAAUGUAGACCUUCAACUGUGGACCGGGUCAGUGUAGACUGUUAGUCUAGCUGGGGUUGAAGGUUCAGGUCUCUGAGACCAAAAAAAAUAAUUCUUUUAAAAUGUAUUUUUAGGGGGGGAUAGAAAUUAUUUGUAAAGUAAAGACAAUUUUCUGACCUUGUACCGAAAGAGAAAUUGAACAUUUAAGUGGGAAUUCUGAUGUCUAACAAAGCAGAAUCCCAACACUUUGGAAUUUUGGCCUUUUCUUUAACAAAAAAAAUAAUAAUAUUUUUGGCAUUUAAAGAAAAUGUAUUUUGACUGUAAACGGUCCAUUUUCCUCUUUGGUCUGAAUUUCUCUGAUCUUUAAAGAAUGUUUAUGUUCCACAGGUCUUGUAUAUAUAAAAUGUAUAAAUACAUAUUUAAACAAAUGUCUCACUUGUGUGUUAUU